ACUGAUAGUUUUUCAUUUUUACCCUAGAUAUUCCUACUUUGGUCUCAUAUGAAUCUCAACUAGAAAAAAACUCCUAAAAAUUUUGUUAUUUUACAUUGAGCAUUCCCACUUUGGUCCCACAUGAAUCCUAACUAGAAACAAUGUGCAAAAAAUUUUUUAUUUUCACGUUGGGUAUUCCCCAUUUAGAUUCCACAUGAAUUCCAAAUAGAAAAAAACUUCUAAAAAGUUUUUAAUUUCACAUUGGGCAUUCCCACUUUGGUCCCACAUGAAUCCCAACUGGAAAAAAGUGCCAAAAAAUUUUUAUUUUCACGUUGGGUAUUCCCAUUUAGAUCUCACAUAAAUCCCAAUUAGAAAAAAACUUCUAAAAAUUUUUUAAUUUCACAUUGGGCAUUCCCACUUAGGUCCCACAUGAGUCCCAACUGGAAGAAAGUGCCAAAAAAAUUUUAUUUUCACGUUAAGUACUCUCAUUUAGAUCCCAUAUGAAUCCCAACUAGAGAAAUUGAGAAUAAUUUAUUUCAUUUUCAAUUGGGAUUUCCCAAUUGGGUUCUUCAUUGGGUCCUCAUUGGGAUUUCCCUAUUGGGCAUGCCCCAUUCGAACCCAAGGGGGCCCAGAUGUAUUAAGUAUACCUUGGGUAUUCCCAAUAUAAUUUCUAGUCGGGAUAAUGUGACCAAUAUAGAUGAUGUAUGGGAGGCUGAUUUUGUAGAAAUAAAAUCUUUAAAAACUUAUAACGAUGGUGUUUCAUUUAUCCUAGUUGUAAUAGAUAUCCUAAGUAAAUACGUAUGGGUUGAACCCUUAUUAGAUAAGUCAGCAAAAUCAGUUUUACAAGGUUUUAAGAAUAUUUUUGAUCGUAGUAAAGGUCGGUAUACUUUUUAUGAUCCAGAGCGAUAAAGGAAAAGAAUUUGUAGCAGGUAGUGUAAAACAGUAUUUAAAGUAAAAAAAAAUAUAUUUUAGAACUGCACGUAACCCUGAUGUAAAAGCUGCAGUUAUAGAACGUGUUAAUAGAACCCUUAAGGAAAGAAUGUUGCGAUAUUUCACUCAUCGUAAAACUUACCGUUACAUUGAUAUUUUACAAAAGUUAGUUGAAGCCUAUAAUCAUACGAAGCAUAGUUCAAUAAGAAUGGAACCUGCAGCAGUUACUCUAAGUAAUGCUAAAGAGGCGCUGCUGAAUAUACAAAAACCGUUUCCAAAAAUUAAACCUCGGAAAAUACCCUUUAAAUGGCCGCGUUCAAGUUUACUAAGUUCUUGGCAGAUCUUAGCAUAUCCUAUUGAAUAAAAUGGCGACAGCUGAAUAAUGAUGUAAAUACCUGAAUAGUAAGUAUAGAUGUUUUUAUUUUGGACAGACUGACUUGAACUGACUUGAAUAACGCUGAUAAUUAAAAUAAGUAUACUCAAGUAUUUAUACAGUAUCGAUAUAGAGCGGUGUCAACUAACCUCCACACAUCAUACUUGUAGUUUAAUCAGGAAAGUAAUUUAUACUGAUUUUUUGCAAUAAAGUUUUUUUUAUUUAUAAGUGUGAAAAUAUAACAAAAAAUGGAUAAUUUUGAUUUAUUGGACAUGAUAAUAAUGGACGAAGUGUUACUGGCAGAAGCGGAGGAAAAUAUCUUUAAUGUGAUUAAUAGAUUAUUGGAUUUUAACAAUAACUUCUUAAUUGAUGAUUUUUUUUUAUACGACGGAGAUUUGGAUGGGGAUGAUGUGAAUGCACGGGGUGAUCCGCCAACUCGAAUUAAUAAUUAUUAUGAGGAAGUGAUUCCUGAAUACGAUGAUGAGCAAUUUUAUUUGCAUUUUCGCAUGUCACGAGAAGCAUUCGUAGACCUAGAAGAGAUUAUUUCUCUGCAUGUACGUAAUUUGAAUGACCCAAUACCACUGGGUAAAAAAAUUUUAAUGACAAUAUGGCUACUGGCUACUCCUGAUAGUUUCCGUUCAGUUGCAGAUCGCUUCAAUUUCUCUAAAAGUACUGCACAUUCUGCUUUCAAACAGAUCAUUUUAAUUCUAUCUCAUAAUUUACUUCCAAAUUUUAUUUCUUGGCCAAAUGAUGAAGAAUCUGCAUUAAUUGAGAAUGCUUUUCUUAAUAAAGCUGGAGGGUUCCCUGGAAUUGUGGGUGCAAUUGACGGGUGUCAUAUUUCAAUAAGACAACCACCAGGAAAUGCGAACGAUUACUAUAAUCGAAAAGGAAGCCACUCCAUUAUCUUGCAAGGUACAUGUGAUCAUAAUGGAAAAUUUAUUGAUGUUUUAAUUGGACGACCUGGAAGAGCUCAUGACUCACCAGUUUUUAGAAGCUCUCCGUUGUAUGAAAAAAUAACAGAUGCUCAAAAUCCGUUAUUAAAUUUAAAUCAACAUAUUCUUGCUGAUUCUGCUUACGCAUUAAUGACCAAUGUUUUGACUCCAUUUAAAGAUAAUGGUCAUUUAACGCCACAGCAAGUAAGAUAUAAUGUACGGCACGCAUCUUUGCGUAGUGUAAUAGAACGAGCGUUCGGAAUAUUAAAAGCUAAAUUCCGCCGGUUGAACUAUUUAGACGUUCAGUCUGUCCAGACUGCAAACCUUAUAGUAGCAGCAGCAUGUACACUUCAUAAUUUUAUAUUAGCCCGUGAGGAAAGACUUAAUAUAAAUUUAUUAAAUGUGGAAGUUCACGAAGAUGAUAAUGAUGAUAAUAUUGAUGAUAUUGAUGAAAAUGAAAACAUUGAAGAGAAUAUUAAUGCUGUUGAAAAACGAAAUGAAAUUAUGAACUCUAUGUAAAUUAUAAAACUAAUUUUUCAUUUUUAUAUCAGGGUGAUUCUCUGUAAGGAUAUUUUAUGCUGUUCCAGGUAGUUUUUUAUUAGAAAAAUUGUUAUUUUGUUACAAAAAAAAAUUUAUUACGAAAAUAAAAAAACAUUUCUA